AUGACUGGAGAAAACAGAACAAGAGUAAGUGAAUUCAUUCUCAUGAGCUUCUCUUCCUUACCUACUGAGAUACAGUCAUUACUCUUCAUGACGUUUCUGAUCAUUUACCUUGUCACUCUGAUGGGAAAUAGCCUCAUCAUCUUAGUUACCUUGGCAGACACUAUGUUGCACAGCCCCAUGUACUUCUUCCUUAGGAAUCUGUCAUUCGUUGAGAUUGGGUUCAACCUAGUCGUUGUACCCAAGAUGUUGGGAACCCUGGUUGCCCAGGACACAACCAUCUCCUUCCUCGGCUGUGCUACUCAGAUGUACUUCUUCUUCUUCUUUGGGGUAGCUGAAUGCUUUCUCCUGGCCACCAUGGCAUAUGACCGCUAUGUAGCCAUCUGCAACCCCCUCCACUACCCUGUUAUCAUGAAUCAAAUGACCUGUGCCAAACUGGCUGCUGUCUCCUGGUUUCCAGGCUUUCCAGUCGCUACUGUGCAGACCACAUGGCUUUUUAGCUUCCCAUUCUGUGGCAACAACAAGGUGAACCACUUCUUCUGUGACAGCCCACCUGUGCUGAGGCUGGUGUGUGCAAACACCGCCCUGUUUGAGAUCUAUGCCAUCAUUGGAACGAUUUUAGUUGUCAUGACACCUUGUACACUGAUCCUAUGUUCAUACACUCGAAUUGCUGCUGCCAUUCUCAAGAUUCCCUCAGCCAAAGGGAAGCGAAAAGCUUUCUCUACCUGUUCCUCCCACCUCCUUGUUGUAUCCCUUUUCUAUGUGUCCUUAAGCCUCACGUACUUUCGACCAAAGUCUAACAAUUCUCCUGAAAGCAAAAAGUUGCUGUCACUGUCUUACACCAUUGCGACUCCAAUGUUGAACCCUAUCAUUUACAGCUUGAGAAACAAGGAGGUGAAGAAUGCCCUUAGCCGUACUUUCCGCAAGGCUAUCGGCCUCAGGAACAGCAAUCUACAGACGUAA